GAAAUCUAUAGAGAGAGCUCUCACUCACUAACAAUGGCGUCUAUUCUCGGAGCAUCUCCUUCUUCAAUCUUCACUUGCCCUCGUCUUUCUUCUCCUUCCUCAACAUCUUCUAUCUCCCAUGCCUGCUUCGGACCAGGGAAAAUUUGUGGAAGAAUCCAAUUCAAUCCAAAGAAGAACAGAUCUCGUUACCAUGUUUCUGUUAUGAAUGUCGCUACAGAGAUCAACUCUGUUGAACAAGCAAAGAAGAUUGAUACAAAGGAAAGUGCAAGACCGGUUUAUCCAUUUGCUGCUAUUGUUGGACAAGAUGAGAUGAAGCUAUGCCUAUUGUUAAAUGUGAUUGACCCGAAGAUUGGCGGUGUGAUGAUAAUGGGAGAUAGAGGAACUGGUAAAUCAACAACUGUUAGAUCUUUAGUUGAUUUGCUUCCUGAGAUCACGGUUGUUGCUGGUGAUCCGUAUAACUCAGACCCGAGAGAUCCUGAGUGUAUGGGAAAGGAAGUAAGAGAGAAAGUUCAAAAGGGAGAACAAUUGCCGGUUAUUGAAACCAAAAUCAAUAUGGUUGAUCUUCCUUUAGGUGCUACGGAAGAUAGAGUUUGCGGAACUAUUGAUAUCGAAAAAGCUUUAACUGAAGGUGUUAAGGCGUUUGAGCCUGGACUACUAGCUAAAGCCAAUAGAGGGAUUCUUUAUGUUGAUGAAGUUAAUCUCUUGGAUGAUCAUUUAGUUGAUGUUCUUCUUGAUUCUGCUGCAUCGGGUUGGAACACUGUUGAAAGAGAAGGGAUUUCGAUUUCUCACCCUGCUCGGUUUAUCCUAAUUGGUUCAGGAAAUCCUGAAGAGGGAGAGCUUAGACCACAGCUUCUUGACAGGUUUGGUAUGCACGCGCAAGUAGGGACAGUUAGAGACGCCGAGCUAAGAGUCAAGAUUGUUGAAGAACGAGCUCGUUUUGAUAGUAACCCAAAGGAGUUUCGAGAAUCUUAUCAAGCAGAACAACUGAAGCUUCAGGAGCAGAUUACAACUGCAAGAAGCAAUCUUUCUGCAGUUCAGAUCGAUCAAGAUUUGAAAGUGAAGAUCUCUAAGGUCUGUGCUGAGCUGGACGUUGACGGAUUGAGAGGAGACAUGGUGAUAAACAGAGCGGCUAGAGCACUCGCGGCACUCCAAGGAAGAGAUCAAGUUACAGCAGAAGAUGUUGGUAUCGUUAUACCGAACUGUUUAAGACACAGACUCAGAAAAGAUCCAUUGGAGUCUAUGGAUUCGGGAAUUCUCGUUACCGAGAAGUUCUACGAGGUUUUCAGUUAGAGUAAUAAAGAUAGAUUCUUGAA